AUGGCGGCGCCAGAGGAGCCAGAGUUGUCUCAGGCGCAGACGGAAAAACUCCUUCAGUUUCAGGACCUAACUGGUUUGGAAUCAAUCGACCAAUGUCGUCGAACAUUAGAACAGCAUAACUGGAACAUAGAGGCUGCAGUGCAAGACAGACUCAAUGAGCAAGAAGGAGUGCCCAGUGUGUUUAACCCUCCACCAUCCAGACCAUUGCAGGUCAAUACAGCAGACCAUAGAGUAUAUAGUUACAUCGUUUCAAGGCCACAACCCAGGGGAUUAAUAGGAUGGAGUUACUACUUGAUAAUGCUACCUUUCAGAUUUACAUAUUACACACUUCUGGACAUAUUCAGGUUUGCCCUGCGGUUCAUCAGGCCAGAUCCUCGUGGUCGUGUGACAGACCCUGUCGGAGAUGUUGUGUCCUUUAUUCAUAUUUUUGAGGAGAAGUAUGGCCGGUCACACCCUGUAUUUUACCAGGGAACAUACAGCCAGGCACUGAAUGAUGCCAAACGGGAGCUCCGCUACUUAUUAGUGUAUCUUCACGGGGAGGAUCAUCAAGACACUGACCAGUUUUGCCGCUCCACGUUAUGUACAGAAGAGGUCGUAACCUUCCUCAACACACGAAUGCUCUUUUGGGCAUGCUCAACCAGCAAACCUGAGGGCUACAGAGUGUCCCAAGCCUUGCGAGAGAACACCUACCCAUUCUUGGCCAUGAUAAUGCUGAAGGACCGCAAGAUGACCGUGGUGGGCAGGCUCGAGGGUCUCAUUCAGCCCGAGGACCUCGUCAAUCAGCUCACCUUCAUCAUGGAUGCCAACCAAACCCAUCUAAUGUCAGAGCGCCUUGAACGGGAGGAGAGGAACCAGACCCAAGUGCUAAGACAGCAGCAGGACGAGGCAUACCUGGCCUCCCUUCGUGCCGACCAGGAGAAGGACCGAAAGAAAAGGGAGGAGGAGGAGCAGCUGAGGCAAGAGGAGGAGAAGGUCCGACAGAGUGUUCUUGCUGAGGAGCGGAGACGACAAACACUCGAAGAAGAGAAGGAGAGGAAGUCAGAAUGUCUUCCCCCAGAGCCACCUGCAGAUGAUCCAGAAAGUGUCAAAAUAGUGUUUAAGCUGCCCAAUGAUACACGAGUAGAACGACGAUUCCUCUUUGGGCAAUCUCUGACGGUAAUAUACGACUUCCUCUUCUCUUUGAAAGAAAGCCCAGAGAAGUUUCAGAUAAUUACAAACUUCCCUCGCCGAGUCCUGCCCUGCCUUCCGACUGAAGAGCAGCCCAACCCUCCCACACUGAAAGAGGCGGGACUCAGCCGCUCCGAGGUCCUUUUUGUUCAGGACCUUACGGACGAUUAAUAGAUGAAAUACCUCCUGUACAUGGAAACCCUUUUUACCUCCAAUGCCCACCCACCCCCGUUUUUUUUUCUUGUUUUUUUUAUUUUUUAUUUUGUUAAAUGGCCAUUAUGCACAAGGGAUCAUUGAGAUAAAAUCCUAACCUGGAAAAAUGUACCACUCUGCAUCCAGUCCAAUCCUUGUUUGGUUGUGUUAACAGGGUUCCCAAUAGCCUGGAAAGUCUUGAAUUUUAUCAAAUAAAUAUUUCUUGAACUCCUUUCUUGAACUCAACUUUGUAUCUGUGUGGACAAAGAAGUUUGUUUUCCAUUGUCUGUACUAGCUACCAGUUAAUUUUUGUCCUUCCUCACCAGUAACUGUUGCAUUUAAUCAUCUGCUGAAAUAUACUGAAACUGACAUAGCUUUGUGUAAAACCUUAACUAUAUCCCAAAUUACUUCUGAUGAAGGCAGGUUGUAUUAAUACCUAUGUACGCACACAGGAUGCAGCAUGGAGAAGGUUGGAUCUCUAUGAUGGUGUGAAUGCCUAGCCUAUUUUGAUGUUAAAGACGUGAUGUUUGAUCCAUGUGUCCAAAUUCAACAAUGUUUUUGUCUCCUCCACUAAUUGUCAAGCACAUUACUGGUAUAAAAUGAAGGGUUGGCAUUGCUACGAGUGUUCAUCUAUGUGGUGUGGAAAGCAAAUGUGUUACUUCAUGGUGCAAGUUGGUGGAUGUGGGCAUAAAGGAGUUAUGGGAUCCCUGUUUUUAAUGAGCCAUGACUUGUACAUAAGUUAGAUAUUUAAAACCCCCAAAUUUACCUUACAGUUUUUUUUUGACUCCCCUGUGUCAUAAAAUGACCAAAUGCAGGUUGGUUACUAUGUGAAGCAGACUGCUAUUGAAGUUUAAACAUACAAUAUUUAACAGAGGCCACAGCUUUUCCAUGUGGCGUUAUCUAGUAUAGUAUGAGUCUGCCCAUAUUGUGCCUGUGGUUACUCAUAGAUGCCUGUUUUGCCUGUAACAUUUAAAUGGGCUCAUGUAAAGAUGUAAUUUUCCAACUAUAAAUUAAAAACAUUU